GUUCCUUCAUCCAGGUCUCAACUGAUAGGUCCGAGGGAAAAGCAUAACUCUGAGUUACUGCCUAACACAGUUUGCAUGAGAGAAGCUGAGGACUUAGAGAAUUGCUCAAUUAAGAUGGCUUUAAGAGAAUGUGAAAUAGAGAAAGCUCAUAUAGAAUGCUCUUGUAAUGUUGUAGAGAAUAGACGUGCCCUGACCCAAGUUGCAAAUAAAACCCUAAUUCUCUUUGAGGAUGUAGAUACUGUUUUUGAUGAAGAUCGUGGUUUUAUUUCUACUAUACUUCAGCUGGCUGAAACUGCAAAGCGACCCAUAAUACUUACAAGCAAUGAUAAGAAUCCUAUCUUACCACAGCUUCUGGACCGGGUCACUUUGGAGUUCAAACAUCCAUCAUCUGAGGAGCUGCUGUCACUUGUACACAUGAUUUGUGCUUCUGAGAAAGCUCAAAUUUCUGCCCAAUUGAUGGAGCACUUAAUCAGGUCUUGUCUAGGUGAUAUCCGUAAGACUCUUAUGCUUCUUCAGUUCUGGUGCCAGGGCAAGAGAGACCAUACAGACUGGAAAAUGCAAUUCACCACAUACAGCCCCCUCCCAUUUGAUAUUGAUGCUGCACAUCUCAUAUGACUUAGGAGCAAAUGCCCCUCUCAAUGCUCAAGGAGAUGCUCGAAUACCCAAUACCACAAGCCAUGCAUGUUCUUCUGCCAGAAAUGCUGCAUGAAGUGCCUCUGCGUGCCCCCAGGCUUCUAUGGGAACAAAGGUGUCUGCCCCUGCAAGCAGCAGAAGGCUUCUAUGAGAACAAAGGGUCCCGAGCAAGCAGCAGAGCUUGGUUGACUGGGCUCGCCCCAAGCUUAAUGACAAUAUUGUAGAGAUGAUGAUGCCGACCCUUGAUACAUAUUGUAGAUUGUGUACUUAGGAAUUUGACUUGUAUGUUUUUAGAAUGUUUUUGAAGUACAAUGUAAUCAAAUAUGAUAAUA